AAAAGCAUCUGAGGUCUUAUAAAAGUCGCACUGUCUCCCUCUCCCGCUCAUUCUUCCGAAGUUGGAUCGCCAGCAUGAAAACUGUCAUUGCAACAACUGUUCUCGUGGUUGUGAUGGGGGCAACUUACGGCUUCUCUGCCCCAGGGAGGCAUGGCUCUGCCCUCCGAGCUGCUAGGGAGGCAAAGGAACAGCCCCUUGCUCGAAUUAAGAGGGAUGAUAACAGCUAUGGACACGAAGAGGAGCACCACGGUCAUGGCCACAAAGGAACCCAUAUCCAUGACGCUACGGAAGAUCAUGGCAGUCAUGAGCAUCACCAUGGUCAUUCUACUGUCCCUAUCGCCAUUGACCCAAGACUGUUUUGGCGACAAUAAGGACGAUGGGGAAGGUGACAACGACAGCGAGAAAGAUUACUGAUCUGAUAUUACACUCUGAUAUAUUGUAUGCUGUAUACAUUUGCAAAUGCUAACAGAUAAAUGAUAUUAUAUGGAUGACAAUGGUGAAAAUAAUGAUAGCAUCAAAUUGUCAUAUUAUAUAGAAUAAGAAGAAAAAGGCAUUGGCAAGAUAAUCUUAUGAUAUAAAUGUUAUGAUAAGAAAAUGAUAAGAUAAGGAAAAUGAAUUCAGGAUUAACUAACACCUAAAUAUGUUUACUUCUCACUUCACUUAUUUAAUUGUAUAGGUAGCAUAUAAACUUUUGAUUCAAAAUUAGCGGCAUAAUCCUUACUGUGCUUGGGCACUAUGCAAUACAACUGCUGUAUUGUAAAAGAGGGUUGAAUAAAGUUGAUGAAUGCACAUC